UGAUUCAAAGAAUGGUUUCAAUUCUCUGAAGUUUGCGCAACAGCAACAAUGUCAACAACAGAUUGAAGGAUGUGAUGAUGACGAUUAUAAUGCUGAUAAGAUCCGUUCAAAAUUUCACGCAUCCUCACCAAACCAUUUACAAUCGUCAUCCCUUCAGCAGCAGCAGCAUCAGCAUUCCAAUCGUCCUCAACUAACCACUACCCAAACAAGUGACAGUUGUCCACAACGAAGCCAUUUUGCGCUGAAUUCGUCACAUUCCACCACUUGUAUGCCUCACUGGCGCAGUUCACAUCUGAAGCAACAUCAUAAUCCCAGUUCGUCAAUCAUCGACAAUCAAACAAGCCAUCCACUUAUGCAAAAUGAAUGUCUCACUUCUGCGGCACCGUCAGAUUCCGGUCACUCGCUGUUAUCCUCGUCGUUGUCCUCAUGCGCUCCAUCAGCCAGCGUUCACGCGUCAUCUUCAUGCAUUCAGCCAAAAUUGCAACUGCAAUCACAGUUUAAAGCAUCUCUUGCAGCAAACGGAACAACUAUUCAUGAGCCAUUCACGACUUCUCAAGCAACAAAGAAACCAUUCUUCAGUUCAUCACUAGAUGAAGUACUACCAUCUCAAGCCGGAUGCUCGUCGACUCUACCUCGACAGCCUGCGAAGAAGUUGAACUCGUGGAAUCGAUCCGCUCCCAAAGCCAGUCGCUAUUCCGAGAAUUAUCGUUCACCG